UAAAGAAGUGUAGAAGUCAACUCACGUUAUAGUUUAUUGUUCGCAAUAGUUUAAGGAUCAACCCAAAGCAAAAUCCUGGUGAUUAAGACCGAACGUACACAUAUGAUAUCAACGGAAUAGUCACCAGAUACUACGGCAGAAAAGAAGAAGGAAAAACGAUGCUGACAAAUAGGAACAUUACCGAUAAAAUGAACCGUCAGUUUUAUCAGAUCAAGAAAAAAUGGACCCCCAGUUCAGGCCUCAGUGAGACCGGCUCUGAUAGGAAAUGGAACUAACAGCGCAUGACAACAUUCUCUAUUUUGGAAAAUCGCUCUGAUUUCUUCGCGGACAGUGACGAGUAUCACCACAAGAGUUUCAAGAAGCGAUGCCUAAUCUUCCUCAUCAUUAUGUUUAUCUUUGCUCUGUUAGCUGCUGCUAUAGUACCUGCCGUUCUCCUAACGAAGAAAAAAGACUCUGACGACUCUCCGGACGUGCUGGCAAGGGUAGACAUGCAAACGAAAAUCACCAAUUUCAACUUCACGCUCGGGCUGAAUGACAACACCUCAGAUGAAUACUACAACUUCACACAUUCCUUCUGUGAUCAGAUAAUUGCCAAAAUGACAGAGAAUAACGAGGACAAAAACUUCGUCAAAGAUUUAAUUGGUUGUACAGUUUGGUCUCUCAGUCCUGGAAGCGUUGUUGUGAAAUUCACUGUGGUGAUUAGUCACGAAGGGAACAAAGGGUCCCCAACCUCGGCUGAAAUAAAGAUACUGGUCGGCGUUGAUGGAGGGAACACUGGGACCGUCGAACUCGGAAUAUACACUAUUGACGUAGAAACAUUUCACGUUCAGGCUGUUCUUGUGGUUACUGUCAACAACAGCCCACUUCCAACAUUGGUUUCUUAUGGCAGCAACUGCAAGUCGGGAGAUGAGUGUGAAACAUAUUUUGCCCGGUGUUUGGACGGGAAGUGUGCAUGCAAAGAAACAAAAUACCACAAUUCUAUUGACGACUCAUGUCUAAUAGGCAAAACAAUUGACGAAUUUUCAUGUGAAGAAAAUACCAUUGAAGUUAGUCUUGACAAUAUAAUCAAUAUUGAUUGUUCACUUGAAGGCAUUGGUACAAUUAACGAGAUAAACAUAUCAAAGGAUGGCAAGUUGUAUAACUCAACACUUGUUGGGCACUCAACAUUUACCGGAAUUCUUGGUCAAAUAAACGUCCAAGUCGAUGCAACGGCAAAGACGGCUUCAUUUGGUAUUGCAAACGUUUCAUGUGAAAAUGAAGGCUCGUAUCUUGUGAAAAUAGACAGUUUGUCGGAAGAAAUUAUUGUAAAAGUUUUAUCUCAACCUAAGCAGCCAGAAAUAUCUGUCCCUGUUUCAUCUUACGUAAAUCAGGAGAUGAUUGUCCAGUGCAUGGGUUAUGUAGGACGAACGCCACAUGGAGCAGCCACCAGACUUCAGUUGCAAUCACAUGCUGCGGACGAGAAUGAAUUCAUUGUUUACGGAGUAGUACCUACAAACCAGUCGAAGGAGUGUUCUGAAACAACCUGUGAAUGCUACGAAACACUGUUGUUUUUAAUCUUUCCGACGUUGCCAAUGAACAAAACUGUUCUUAGAUGUGCUUCACUAGCUAGCGAUGGAUCAUUGAUGGUUUCCUCUGAAGCAAAAGCCCUGAGCCUAGUCCCAAGAGAUAUUUACUUCACCGGGGAAGAUGUGACAGCAGCCAUUGGAAGCAGUAUCAAUUUGGAAUGUGUUCUUUUAAACGGACAAGGUGCAAAUGGCGCAAUCGUUUAUUUUAAUCAUAACAACAGUGUCGUAUAUACUGAACUAUGCGUCGUAUCGCAAUCGGGUGUUGGAAAUUGUACCGUGGAUAAAAUUUGGGCUUAUGCAGAUAAUAUAGAUUCCAGUGUGAAAGUUAAUAUCAUAAUUGAAAAUAUUACCUGCUCCGAUGUUGGUAGAUACAUUUGCAAAUCGAUAGUCACUGCGACUAGUGCGGCAUCGAUUAAUCUGGGCGCAUUUGGUUAGCCUUUUUUUGUAUUAUGUAGAUUUAUAUACACGAUUGUGUUUUGUAGCAACUACAACAUUUUGAUAACCUAGUGAUUAAA